AGCGCGGGCGCUUGUGCGGCACCAGCGGCCCUUUCUGUUGCGCGGCUGAUCACUGGCGAAGCCGACCAUAUCCUCGCCGCGCCGCCCGUGUCCGCCGCUGGAUCCCACCCCGUGCUGCCGGCCAACGAGCCGCCUCUGGAUCCCACCCGCCGCCGGCCAACGAGCCGCCUCUGGAUCCCACCCGCCGCGGGCGCCGCCGGCCAACGAGCCGCCUCUGUAUCCCACCCCGCGCCGCUGGAAGCCGGCCGCGGGCGCCGCCGGCCAACACGCCGCGGCUCGCCGCGCCUGUUCCUCGCGUCGACAAGACGGAGGGCACGCGGAGUUGGAUUUGAGGGCGCAGUUAUCUGGAAAAAUCGGACUCCUCCAUAUUUCCCACGACAACAAAAAAAUCGGACUUCCCAAAAUAUCGCAGUACCAUCGUCGCCGACAGAGAGACCACGAUUUCUCGUCGAUGGCGUCUCCUGCUGCUCGCGCCGCCGGCGACCAAGGAACCCAAACUGCUGCAGGCGCCACCGGCGAGGAGGGUAAUCCUGCUGCUAGCGCCGCAGCCACCGACGAAACGAGUCCUGGCGCACGAUCCGGCGGCACCCAACAGACCAACAAGAGAGAUCGUCUUCGUCCUGAUCCAAUCCAGGGACUCCAGAAAGACAACACAAUAUUGUUUGAUCCUCCACAAACCAGUCUUACGGGCGAGAUGUGGACUGUAAUUUUUCAACGCAAAGGGGCGGCCUUUGAAGAGGAAUUUGUUGAGCUCGACUGUGACAGGGCUUAUCUCACAUUUUACAACUUGGUUUUAAUAAAAUCAAGGAUGGGAUAUAGUCCGCGGGACUUCUUAUACUAUAAGCGAUGUGCCAAUGAUAUAGCAACCCUCAUCUCGAUUGAUUUUCUUCACCAAAUAGAAGACAUGAUGGCUGAUAACGAGGGAGAGAGGAAACUCAGAAUGGUGCUAUCAAAGGUUGAUCUGACGGAAUUGCAGGUCAGUAUAACACCAAUGAAGCGACGAAGGGGGUACAACUACAGAAAAACCUACAAAUGUACCAACAGCAGAAGAACCAGUGGAUGCAUACAAGGAAUGGCUUGCAAACUUGCAAGAAGAUCAGCCAGACACGGAAUUUAAAGAUGAUUACAGGGACGAAACCAUCAAGACAUACAAAGAAUGGUUAAGGCAGCAAGACUAUCGUCCAGACAUUUUAUCAUAUAUACAGGAUGAUGGCAGCGAUGUUGAUAAACUUUCAGAAGCGGAAAAUUGGCCAUCUCAUGCUCGCCGUAAAAAAACCAAAGGAAAUGGUUCCAGUGAAGGCCACACUAAAGGUGGACGUGGAGCAGCCAAGGGUUUAGCAGCAGCCAUGAAGAGAAUAAAGAGCGGCUCCCAGAAACUUCAAAUUAAUUUUGCAUCAAGGCUAGGAGGUCCCACCGGCCAUAACUCUCGCUCAUUUGUGGAUGAAGUUGUAAAGUUUACAAGACAAAGGGCUCCACUUAUUGGAGUCAAAAAGUGGAGUGAUAUAGAGCUUACUGUGAAAAAAUCUAUAGCCUUUGAUAUAAUGAAUCGGUGGGAUAUUCAAAACACUGAAGAUGAAAAGAAGAAGAUUUGGGCCAUAGCCAAGGAUCGGUACAAAGGAUGGCGAUCAACAUUCAGUGCUACAUACAAGGCUUACAACAAUUAUCAUGCAAGAAUGAAACACAAGCCUGAAGACUUAGACAUUGUUGAGUGGCACUACUUGAUUUUGUAUUUUGGUAGUAAUGAAUUCCUGAAGGCUAGCAAUAGGAACUCAAAAAACUGUAAACAGAAAAGGACUAAUCAUUCCAUGGGUUCUGUACCUUUCUCCAAAAUUAGCGAUGAGCAGAGAGACCCAGAAACAGGUGAAGAACCACGUGAUCUGAGUCUUUGGAUGCAUACGCACAUGAGGAAUGGGCAAUGGUCAGAUAAAGCAUCCCAGGAUGUCUAUGAUCAUGCUUGCUUGAAAGUUGCCGAAAAAGAAAGGGUUAAUUGGAUUCAUGCCAUUAUAAUUUUUCGAGUUCACUGAUCUACCAUUACAAUUCGUCAUAUUAGAACCAUACUAUUGCAAUUUCACAAAUCAUCGAAACAUGCCACUACGUACCCCUUCGCCGUGUUUUUAAUUUUUAUGGGACCAAAAUACCCUCACUCUUCUUCUUCCUCUCAUCACCUCUCUGUUCCUAUCUCC